UCGUGAACCGUGCCUGACUCGAGGCUGCAGUGCUGUGUCACUCCACUCCAUAAUUCCCUUGUGUUCGUUUCUUGCCCGUGAGGAGGUCCUGAUCGAUCAUCGAUCCAUCGGUCUCCUUAAAUUCCCAUCCCCUUUCGCCUGCCUCCCGCACCAAAACUGACCACGCCUCUCCAGCUACCCGAUCAUACCUCUCAAUCGCCACGCACGCCGGCAAUCAUCAAGUAGCCGUGGCAUCGUCACGCCGCCGGACGUCACCACCGCGAUGACGCCCGCGCCACGCGCCCGGCUCCUGGCCUGCAUUGCCGUGGCUGCCAUGGUGGCGCUCGCCGUCCCGCCGUGGCGGGGCGUGGCCGCGCACACUCGGGGUGUGCGGCCGGGGAAUGCCGCGGGGCAGCCGUUCCCGGAGAACGCGACGCGCGCGCAGGAGGUGGAGCGGCUGUUCAUGCGGUGGGUGCGGUACGUGGGCGCGCUGGAGCACAGCACGUUCCAGCACGCGGUGGCCCGCGCGUUCCCGUCCUACUCGCUCGUCGUCGACCGGAACCCGGCCUCCGGCGACUUCACCUCCAUCCAGGCCGCCGUCGACUCGCUCCCGCCCAUCAACCUCGUGCGCGUCGUGAUCAGAGUCAACGCCGGCACCUACACGGAGAAGGUGUCGGUAUCGGCGAUGCGGGCGUUCAUCACGCUGGAGGGCGCCGGCGCGGACAAGACGGUGGUGCAGUGGGGCGACACCGCUGACACGCCGUCCGGGCGGAGGGGCCGCCCGCUGGGCACAUACGGCUCCGCCACGUUCGCCGUGAACGCGCAGUACUUCCUCGCCAGGAACAUCACGUUCAAGAACACGUCGCCGGUGCCGAAGGCGGGCGCGACGGGGAAGCAGGCGGUGGCGCUGCGGGUGUCGGCGGACAACGCGGCGUUCGUGGGGUGCAGGAUCCUGGGCGCGCAGGACACGCUCUACGACCACUCGGGGCGGCACUACUACAAGGACUGCUACAUCGAGGGUUCCAUCGACUUCAUCUUCGGCAACGCGCUCUCGCUCUACGAGGACUGCCACGUGCACGCGAUCGCGCGGGACUACGGGGCGCUGACGGCGCAGAACCGGCAGAGCAUGCUGGAGGACACGGGGUUCUCCUUCCUCAACUGCCGGGUCACCGGCUCCGGCGCGCUCUACCUCGGCCGCGCCUGGGGCACCUUCUCCAGGGUCGUCUUCGCCUACACCCACAUGGACGACAUCAUCGUCCCGCGCGGCUGGUACAACUGGGGCGACCCCAGCCGCGAGCUCACCGUCUUCUACGGCCAGUACAAGUGCACCGGCCCCGGCGCCAGCUACUCCGGCAGGGUGUCCUGGUCGCGCGAGCUCACCGACCAGGAGGCCAAGCCCUUCAUCUCCCUCAGCUUCAUCGACGGCACGGAGUGGAUCAGGAUAUGACGUUCUCGAUCGCAAUCGGGUCUUCAGUUCAUCCUGCUCGCUGUAACACGCACACACGUACGCGCGCUAGCUAGGCACGCACGUCCGUGCUGUAACAGAACAGAAAAACACAGAGAAAUUAUACUACAUGUUCGUUCGCGAUAACCUUGGCCCUUGGCGAAUUUGUUUCUUCAGCUCACUCUCUUA